CUUCCUUUUUUAUUCCUAUUUCGAUUAAAAUAAAUCCUUUUGGAGAAAAAAGUGAUCAAAUUAGGUAAAAUUUCUUUAGAUCCAUAGCGUAAAUGUAUAAUUCCUCUUCAUUUUUAAUUUUUAUUUUUAAAAUAGUUUAAUUUGAUUAGUAACAUCCAUUGGCUUUAGUGGAAAUUUAAAUGACAGAGCAUCUAAAGUAAUAACCAGAUCUCACUGAUCAUUUGUAAUAAUGUUAGUAGAAAUUUGUGGCUACAAAUUCUUGCAAAGUUAUAAAGAUCCAUUUCAUCAAUAAUAACAUAUCUGAAUAUUUUUUGAAAUCACACCCUUCAUCAAAUCCAUAUUUCAGAACUUUAUCACAACAGAAUAGUUUGCAUUCCUCAGAAGACAGUAAGGAAUAAGAAAAUUGCAAUAAUCCUGACUAUUAUAUUGUAGAUGAAAACAGAAUGUUAUUACGUUGUCUAUAUAUACCCUGUAGAACCGAAUUUGUGUGGUAUUCACAUAGUCACAGAUUCGAUUCUAGGGGAAUAUAUGGUCGAUGCAAAAACUUCACCUUUCUGCAAAUGGUUAGAAGUUUAAAUAUUGAAGGUAUCAAAAGACAUGUGCAUGCUGAAUACUGGGGAAUUCUAAAAGUUUUGCUGCCUCUAUCAUAUUUACUACUCAGUAGAACAAUGCUUAAUAUCUAUUUGUGUUGUUCAUAGUAACUAUUACUAAUAGUCUGUUAAUUUAAAACGUUCAACACAAAUUUUCUGAAAACUACCAAUUAAGUAAUGAAUCUUUUAAAAGACACUUAAAAAGUUAGUUUGAUAUGCCAGAUGUUAGCAAAAUUUUCAUAUCAAGUAUACAAAUUUCUUCCAAAUAUUUAUGACGAUAACACCAGCAGGAUUCGAAACACUGAAAGGUAUUUACUUGUAUCCCAAGAACGCUAUUGAUGAAUGAAGACUGCCUUUAUCUAAUUACAUCUGUGAAUUUUGUACAUGAAGUUAAAUGCCAUCUCCAGUUCAAUUCAGUGGAUUUUAGUGAUUAAAAAUGAAUGUUUCCUUGUUAUCUGCGUGAUUUUUUUAAUAUUGAGACUUGCAAAGUGAAGUAGAAGUUACUGAUUGCCUAAUUUUAUUCAACUGAACUAGAUUCUGGUAACUUUUGGAUGACCUCUGCAAGACAAAGACAGGACAGAUCUAUUGUACAUCAUAUUACCCUCUUCUUUGAUGUCUUUUCUUUUUCUUGUUUCCUUAUCAAUUUUCCUUCCUCUUAAUGCUAUUUUAGCUUCUCGGUCUUUAUUUCUUUCGAUAUUUUGUCUGACAAAUGUAACAAACCAUGUUUGAAAUUAUUGCUGGUGAAUUAGACUAAAGGGCAUCAAAGGUUAGAAAAGUCAAUUCACACAAAAAGCUUGAUUUACCUGAGGGUCAAUGAAGCGGUCAUCGUUUGAUGAAUAUUCUUAACAUAUUAAUAUCUGCUUUUGAAAAUAAACUAUAUUGAAUUUUGAUCACUUGAUUACACGUAUAUUAUUUAGUUAAAUUGGUGGAAAUUAUGAGAUGCACACAAAUCCGGUGAUAAACUCCCUGCCUCCCCAUUGGCUGAGCCAGUCACAUGGAUGCCUAACUUUAUUCAGUUGACAGCAAGUAGGAGGGCUCUAUGGAAGGAGAAAAAAAGACAACACGAGAAAAAUUAGUAUUUUCUACCUUCAGAAAUUAAUGGCCAUGAGUUCGUAUAUGGUGAACUCUAAGUAUGUGGAUCCUAAAUUUCCUCCUUGCGAGGAAUAUUUACAGAAUAACUACUUAGCUGAGCAGGGCUCCGACUAUUACAGUGCAUCGCAAGGCUCUGAUUUUCAGCAUCAGGGAAUCUAUCCACGGUCAAACUACAGCGAGCAGCCCUUUAGCUGUACCAAUGUCCAAGACUCUGCAGUGCAGCCGCGGGGUCAUGGACAGGAGCAAUCCGGCCCACCGAGCCACUUCCCCGGUCAAGCAGAGCAUUGUCUGCCGCCUCCAAUAUCCAACUCACGCGCCUGCAGCCAGCAGCAAAACCUCAAAACCCCAAACGGGUCAGCAAUUAAACAGCCAGCAGUAGUUUAUCCCUGGAUGAAGAAAGUCCAUGUUAACUCGGUGAAUCCCAAUUACACCGGAGGGGAACCUAAACGCUCCAGAACAGCCUACACAAGGCAGCAAGUCCUAGAACUGGAAAAAGAAUUUCAUUUUAACAGGUAUCUGACUAGGCGUCGUCGUAUUGAAAUAGCCCACACUUUGUGUCUCUCUGAACGCCAGAUCAAGAUCUGGUUUCAGAACAGAAGAAUGAAGUGGAAAAAAGAUCACAAACUGCCCAACACUAAGGGUAGGUCUUCUUCAUCUGGUUCAAACCAACAUUUACAGACUGUUUCCAAGGACCAUCAGACUGAAUUGACAACUUUAUAGAAGAGGUGAAAUUUUCCAUUUCAUCCUUUGAUUCGGAACAGUACUGUACAUAACUGACAUUAUCAAAGCAGAGCCUGCAUGUAGCAGCUAAAGACUCAAGAGGGUCAUCUUGCUUUAAGGUGCUGUUGUACAAAGGAGACAAAAUGACAAUACUUUGGACUUUAUUUGAAUUACCUACAUUAGCACAACCUAAAAACUCUUCUUACAGGUAGUGGGAGUGGGAAAAUAUUACGUGAGAUCUUCGGUCCAUGAAAAAUUAAUAAAUCAUUGAAAAUGAAACUAUGUUCAGUUUUGAAUUUUAAAGUUGAGAUUUGAUGCUUUAUUCCGGUAUUUUGUUUUUGUUGCCUUUUCUGCUCCAUACAAUUUCGGGAUUAUGCAUUUGGGCAAAUUCAGGACAGAAAUCUAUGGCUUAGUUUUUUAUUUAAACUAGGGAGACUAGUAUUUGUGAACUUUUUGUGCUGCUUUACAUUUCAUGGUGUGAUGAAAACACUUGCUCAUUACCAUAACACCUCAGAACAAAUGCGUAGAAGUGCAGUGAAAACGGGUUAUUUUUUUCUGCUUAUGUUAGCGUAUUUAUUUAUUGUUAAUUAGAAAGAGUAAAAAGAAAAAGAAAAAUAGUCAAACCAAAAAUACUAAAGAGGAGAGGUGAAAUCCAGUAUUCCUUCUUUUCUGUAUCCAUAUGCAUAAUGAUCAGUUAACCUGAACAUACAGAACUUUUCUGUCUCUUUUUCUGAUUUCCUUUUCUGUAUAUAUGAAAGCGUUCCUAAAUCUUAAAAAUGUAUCAUCAAGAAGUUACAUUCUUUAUAUUGUAUUUUAAAUGUCUGCUUUAUUCGGCGCUAUACUUUAAAGCAGAGUUUCCUAAUUUAAGAAAAACAAACAAACAGAAAGCUGUAAAAAAAAAAAUAAACAUCCAGAGUGAAAAUCAAAGCGAUUUGUGGCAUUAUUUAAGCCAUUCUGUCUUCAUAAUAGAUGACAUACUCUUUGUUUCAUGUCCUAUUUUUAAUUAAAGUAUUGUUUUUAAGAGGGAUGAGAAAUAUGAUUUGGGGAGGGCUGUUCGUUUUUAAGAAGAAAAAUGAGCUUGGAUUGAACGCUUAGAAAUGAAAGAAAGUUAAUUUUAGGGGGAAAUGUAAUGUUUUUAUAAUAGCUGAACAAGUCUAAUGUACUUUGAUUUGUUCGGGGAUGCACCAUUGAAAAGUUUUUUGGGAACGAGCCUUUCUUAUUUCUUCGCUAAAAUGCUAAUAAACCGAGCAAAAUCAACUUGCCCUCUUAACUUACACCUUAAUGUAGACAGAUUUAAAGAUCAGUCCUUUAUUUGCACACUGAAAACAGUCACGAGAAUAUACCAGUGCACCAGCUAUUUUAACUAGACAUUGCUUCUAUUUUUAACCUAAAUUCUUACUUCUAUACAAAGAAAUACAAGAUAACAAUAUCUGAGUUAUGUGGAAAGUUCAAAAGCGUAUACUAGUUGGACUAGGUUGACAAUAAACUAGUAUCUGGACAUUUUACUUGAGAAAACACUAGGAAAAAUGAUUUAAUAUAGGUUAGAAAUAAAAAGGCAAGAGCUUCAAAAUAAUUUAAUUGGCAAAAUUAACUGUGAUCAGGGAUUAAUUUCUGCCCUUUACUCAUUCUUAGAAUUCAGUAAAGUGUCUUAUAAGCCUUGGUCUUUUGUAUUAGAGCCUGAAGACAAUUCUUUGUUCUUCCUUAGGGUUAGCCUAGUUCUCAGACUUGCACAUGGCCAUACUUGAAUCUCCACGUCGUGAUAUUAAAGAUGGAUAUUCCUGCAUUAUUCUCAUCAUUGUUUCUAAUACAAAAAGCACAGAGUUCAUACAUAGUAAAGACGUCUUUUUUCUGAAGCUUUCACGUUGAGAAGCUGAAAAGGUAUUUUACUGAAGUUCGGCUAAAUUGCAGAAACAGGUUCAUCCAGAGGACAAAUUUUCUAUCCGAUUAGCUGUAUUUCAGCCGGGAAGAGUGACCUCUAAACCCUUAACCUUUUGGACCCUAACUACUCUUCCUUUUUUCUAACAUGGAGAGCAGUUAGAACCAGCAUUUGGGAAGGGCUUUCCUCAGACAAGUUUCGAAGUUGUUGAAAGCAAUUCUUUUAAAAAUCAACGUUAACUCUACACAGUCGUCACAAACCAUAUAUUUUCUGUCAAAAUUAAUCUGAAAAAGAAGCUCUGGUUAGUCUGAUUUACGAUAAAUCCCGCUAUUGUUUACCUAGUGUCUGUGCUGAGCAAACUGUGAACCAUGCAGACAUGUUAUUUUGGGGAGGAAGCCCACAGCUUUGGCUUCCUUUGUGUAAUAUUCUUUAAAGUAACUUGCUCAGAGAAACAAAUCCUUGAUUUGUAUGUGUUAGGUUGAGAUGGAUACCUAAAGUGAAAGGGCUAAAUUCUGCUCUCAGGUGCAACCUCUCUCUGCUCCCCCGUUGAAAUCUACUGAAGUAACUGAAAAGUAAAACAAGGAUAUAUCUGAGAGUAGAAGUUGGCCCAUUGUCUUUUGAAAUGUUAAUAUCUUCUGGACGAAUGUUUGGUUCAGACACAGCUCUUAAAAUCCUAUUUACCAGUCCAGUUUGAGCAGGAGUUUAAGUUUACUUGGUUACAAUCACAUGAAUAAACUCUGAAAAUACUUGAAUUGAGGCACCAGCGUACCAAAAUAUAUUAUUUAUAUUUCUGCCAGUGCUCAGAAGGUUCAGGGAUGUACAUUUCUGUGUAAGGAUGACUACAAACACUAAUUUGCUGUUAUCCCCCAUUUUACUCCACAGGAAAGGCAGAAGUGUUUUUAACUCUCCUGAGAGGUUACGUUAUAUAGCUUAAGAAGUAAAGAUGUUUCUUUUUGCUUAUCACGGAUACAAUGUUGUAUAGUCUUUUGUUAUAAGAUUGCAUUGUCCAAAAAUACUAUGAUAUCUGUCAGCGUGUGAUGCUUUUUAUAGGCUUUAUCAAUGUUUUGCUGCCAUUCAUUAAAGUAUUAUUUAUACGAGCUGUCUCCUGUAGUUUUGAUGUAAGUCCUCCAUAUAUAUUUGAAAUAAAAAAAGGUGUAGAGAAAAACAUUCUGUUUUGUACCUUGACCAAAUUGUCCUUAUCAUAUGAAUCUCCAUUCUCUAAUUAUGCAGGCCCUUCCCUGCAUAAUAUUGUAAAAACAUGGAAGCUUAUCUAUAAUCCCGAAGUAUUAUAUCCAACUGUCCCUUUGAACAGUUUUUCUAACAACAUUGACUAGAAUGGUGUGACUUUGGGACAAACUGAAGUUUGUAUUUACAUUCAGGCCGCAGUUAAAGUGCCCAUCAUCCAUUUGUUAAUGUUUUACAUUUAACAAGCCACUCUUAAAUGACUCACGGAUGCAUGCACGCUUGGUAAGUAUUAAGAAACCACACCUGAAGUUACCUCGAACCCUAUACAAGAGGUAUGCACUUUAGGUGGGUGAUGAAAGAAAUUAAUUUUAAAUUAAAAAUCAGAGUGAAAUGGGGUAGUUUUUUUAAAUUAGAAGCUGAUCUCAAUAAGACACAAAUAAAAGAAAAAUGUAGAAUGUUGAACUUUCCUGUAGACCUGUAGCAGACUCCUCCUUUCUUUUUGAUAUAAGCACCUCAAACAACAACAACAAAUUUCUUACUACAAGAGGUCGAUUGCACUAUUUUUAGCUCAGAUAUAUGUCACAUAUGACUUAUCUUUUCUUGAAGAGUGACCAAGGCAUGAGUCCAAAAAUAGAUUAUCCCUCUUCGAACGUGAAAUGAACAUAACGCCAUAAAUAAGGCUUGUGCCUUGAAUACAAUGGAAUGCAGGGGGGAAGAUGUGCGUACAUGUGUGUUUUUAAGUACCCAGACAUUAAGUUUAAAUAUUCAGGCACAUUUUCUGAUUAUACUUUGACCGUCUUGUGUCUAAUGGCUCCUCCUGUUACUACCAAUACAUCAAUACAAUUCUGUAUAUUAUAUCACCACUAGUCGUUAAGGUAAGAAUGAGGAGCAAAGGCAGAGUCAAUAGCAAACACCACUCACUGUACAGUACAGUAAAUAGGGACCUUUCAAUGCAGAGCCACAGAGCUUCCAACGGCCAUAUUUGUUAUCCUUUUCCCCUGAUUUUUGUAACCGUAUAGACCAAAACGGUCUUGCUAGGAACAGUCAUAACAGGCAGAAUUCAAAGUGCAAGGAAGAUGAUAAGAAUAGAUUUCUACAAGUCCUGACCACGUGAUUUGCGAAAUAAUUAAUUCAGCACGUCCCUUAAGAAACACGGAGUCGUCAUUAAUCUGCCAAGCAAAGGACUCUAUCAGACUUGAAAACUGAAGAGAUCCCAAGAAUAUAAUAUACAAAGGGUGUAGGCUCUUUCCCUGCACACCUAUAUCUUUGGUAGCAGCCGAAAAAGAGAAGCUUGGUAUGUAAACAUUUUACUUUUUAUUCCUUCAUAUUUAAAUCCUUAAUGAACUUAGCUGUCAAAUGCUUGACAAAUAGGACCCUUUGCUUCCUGAUUUGGAACCAUGCAAUAGUCAGAAGUUGGUCUAGGCUUGUGUGGUGACCUUAGAUUCAGAAAAAAAGAUUUACACUUUAUGAAAAAUUAUGAUGUUGGGCAAAGGCUUCCUUUGUUUAUGUGUGAGUGCGUGUAUACGUUCUGCAUAGAGGUAACAAGAAGGCAAAAGGAAAGGAAAGGGUUUACUUUAAGAGCUGUAUGUGUGGUGAAAUGGGAGAAGAUUUACUGGUUGCUUAUGUCUUACUGGGAACAAUACUGGCUGUCAGGGCAUCUGCUGCCCAUUCUUAAAAUGGUGAGAAAAGGCCCUGAACUUCUUUUCAAGCAAGGGUCGUAAAUUUUUCUUUGCGUCAUAAUAGAAGGCUAUAAAACUGAGUUGAAAUUUUACCCAAGGCAGGUUUUAAGCAGCAGAUAAUGAAUUCCGAGCUUGCUUCUCUCCCCUCCCCCGACAUUACUGCUACGGUUACACAAAGGGAAGGGUUUAUUUUUAUUUUUAUUUUUGUCGGGUAAAUGCCCAGUUUUGACCUGGUC